UACAACAACAACUGAAAUUAACCAAUGCCACAAACACUCCACUUCGCCUAUCUCCACACAAUUACUUUACUUAUACUCUUCACCAUACAACUUCCAAAGAAGAAGAAGAGAAACGAUUCAAACCCACAUUUUAACAAAAAAUCAAAUCUUUCUCCCUCUGUCUCUCCCCCAAUCUCUAACUUAGUGUGGGUUCAACUUAAAUUUUGAAGCUAAAGAGCUUCUUUAAUGGCAUCUUUAGUUUCUUCAUCAUUCACAUUAUCAACUUCUAAACCAGAGCUUUCAUCUUUUUCUCAAAAGCAUUUCUUCCUACAUUCAUUCUUACCCAAGAAGUGCAAUCAAGGGGGUAACAGAAAUGGUGGUUUGAGAGUUAAGUGUGUUGGAAAUGGUUUGUUUACUCAAACCACACAAGAAGUUCGAAGAAUUGUCCCAACUAGUAACAAGAAUAAUCUACCAAGAGUUAAGAUUGUGUAUGUAGUUCUUGAAGCUCAGUAUCAAGCUGCUGUUUCUGAAGCUGUGAGAACUCUGAAUAGAGAAGGAAAGUAUGCGUCUUUUGAAGUUGUUGGUUACUUAGUUGAAGAACUAAGGGAUAAUUCAGCUUAUGAAACAUUCUGUAAAGAUCUUGAAGAUGCUAAUAUCUUCAUUGGUUCUUUGAUUUUUGUGGAAGAACUUGCACAGAAAGUUAAAGCUGCUGUUGAGAAACAAAGGGACAGAAUGGAUGCAGUCUUAGUGUUUCCAUCAAUGCCUGAAGUAAUGAGACUUAAUAAACUUGGUACCUUUAGUAUGUCUCAACUUGGUCAAUCAAAAUCUCCAUUCUUUCAGUUAUUCAAGAAGAAGAAGCAAUCAGCUGGUUUCUCAGAUAGUAUGUUGAAGCUUGUGAGAACUUUACCGAAAGUUCUCAAGUACUUGCCAAGUGAUAAAGCUCAAGAUGCUAGACUUUAUAUUCUCAGUUUGCAGUUCUGGCUUGGUGGCUCACCUGAGAAUUUGGGGAAUUUCUUUAAAAUGAUUACUGGGUCUUACAUUCCGGCUUUAAAAGGUACAAAAGUGGAGUAUUCCGAUCCAGUUUUGUUCUUAGACACUGGUAUCUGGCAUCCAAUGGCUCCUUGUAUGUAUGAUGAUGUCAAGGAGUAUUUGAACUGGUAUGGAACUAGAAGGGAUGCAAAUGAGAAGCUGAAAAAUCCAAAUGCACCAAUAGUUGGGUUGGUUUUGCAGAGGAGUCAUAUCGUUACAGGUGACGAUAGUCAUUAUGUGGCUGUCAUAAUGGAGUUGGAAGCAAAGGGCGCAAAGGUGAUCCCAAUAUUUGCUGGUGGACUUGAUUUCUCAGGGCCAAUUGAGAAGUAUUUGAUUGAUCCCAUUACAAAGAAGCCUUUUGUCCAUUCAGUAAUAUCCUUGACUGGUUUUGCGCUUGUUGGUGGGCCAGCAAGGCAGGAUCAUCCUAAGGCUAUUGAAUCAUUGAUGAAGCUUGAUGUGCCAUACCUCGUAGCGUUGCCAUUAGUGUUCCAAACUACAGAAGAGUGGUUAAACAGUACAUUGGGAUUGCACCCAAUUCAGGUGGCUUUGCAGGUUGCUCUUCCUGAACUUGAUGGUGGGAUGGAGCCAAUUGUUUUCUCCGGCCGAGAUGGUAGAACAGGAAAAUCACAUGCUCUUCAUAAGAGAAUUGAACAGCUUUGCACAAGAGCAAUCAAUUGGGCUGAACUGAAAAGGAAAACAAAGGCAGAGAAGAAGCUAGCAAUCACCGUUUUCAGCUUCCCGCCGGACAAAGGAAAUGUUGGAACUGCUGCUUACCUAAAUGUGUUUUCUUCUAUUUACUCUGUCCUUAAGGAUCUCCAUGAUGAUGGCUACACUGUUGAAGGUCUACCUGAAACAGCCGAAGCCCUAAUUGAAGAAGUUAUUCAUGACAAGGAGGCCCAAUUCAGCAGCCCAAAUCUCAAUGUCGCCUACAAGAUGGGUGUCCGUGAGUACCAGAAGCUCACUCCUUACUCUCAAGCAUUGGAAGAGAGUUGGGGUAAGCCUCCUGGUAAUCUAAAUUCUGAUGGUGAGAACCUCCUGGUCUACGGAAAGCAGUACGGCAAUGUUUUUAUUGGAGUUCAACCCACAUUCGGAUAUGAAGGUGAUCCGAUGCGUCUCCUCUUCUCCAAAUCUGCAAGCCCACACCAUGGAUUUGCAGCAUACUACUCAUUUGUCGAGAAAGUUUUCAAAGCAGAUGCUGUACUUCACUUCGGAACCCACGGAUCACUUGAGUUCAUGCCUGGGAAACAAGUGGGGAUGAGUGAUGUUUGCUACCCCGACAGUCUUAUUGGGAACAUUCCCAACAUUUACUAUUAUGCAGCAAACAAUCCUUCUGAGGCUACCAUAGCCAAACGUCGUAGUUACGCAAACACCAUCAGUUAUCUAACCCCUCCAGCAGAAAAUGCUGGUCUCUACAAGGGUUUGAAACAGCUCGGGGAGCUGAUCGCUUCGUAUCAGUCACUGAAAGACACCGGACGUGGACCUCAAAUUGUGAACUCCAUCAUCAGUACAGCAAAACAAUGCAAUCUGGACAAGGAUGUGAAUCUUCCUGAAGAAGGCACGGACCUGUCGGCUGCAGAUAGAGACCUUGUUGUUGGAAAGUGUUAUGCAAAGAUCAUGGAGAUCGAAUCUAGGCUUCUGCCAUGUGGUUUACAUGUUAUCGGUGAGCCACCAUCUGCAAUCGAGGCAGUGGCAACAUUAGUUAACAUUGCUGCUUUGGAUCGCCCAGAAGAAGGGAUAAUAUCACUGCCUACUUUAUUAGCUGAGACAGUAGGAAGGAAAAUCGAAGAUAUCUACAGAGGAAGUGACAAAGGUAUACUGAAGGACGUCGAGCUACUACGCCAGAUAACAGAGGCAUCAAGGGGAGCUAUAUCAUCCUUCGUGGAGCAGACUACAAAUGAAAAAGGCCAGGUGGUCGAUGUCUCUGAUAAAUUAACCACAAUUCUUGGGUUCGGCAUCAACGAGCCAUGGAUUCAGUACUUAUCAGACACUAAGUUUUACAGGGCUGAUAGGACCAAGCUUAGAACCUUGUUUGAGUACUUAGGUGAGUGCUUGAAACUAGUGGUGGCUGAUAACGAACUAGGAGCCUUGAAACAAGCUCUGGAGGGUAGUUAUGUUGAACCAGGUCCUGGUGGGGAUCCCAUUAGGAAUCCUAAAGUUUUGCCAACUGGGAAAAACAUUCAUGCAUUGGACCCACAGUCUAUUCCAACAGAGGCAGCCAUGCAGAGUGCAAUGAUAGUGGUGGAAAGGCUAUUGGAGAGGCAGAAACUUGAAAAUGGGGGAAAGUAUCCUGAAACAGUUGCACUUGUUUUGUGGGGAACUGAUAACAUCAAGACCUACGGAGAAUCAUUGGGUCAAGUGCUUUCUCUGAUCGGGGUGAGACCUAUUGCGGAUUCUGUUGGACGUGUUAACAAGGUAGAACCAAUCAGCCUCGAAGAGCUUGGACGACCAAGGGUUGAUGUUGUCGUAAACUGUUCUGGAGUUUUCAGAGAUCUGUUCAUUAAUCAGAUGAACCUGUUGGACCGUGCAGUGAAAAUGGUGGCUGAGUUAGAUGAGCCAGAAGAUCAAAACUUCAUCAGGAAGCAUGCAGCAGAACAAGCAGCAGCCCUAGGCAUUGACGUUCGUGAAGCUGCUACUCGAAUCUUCUCAAAUGCGUCAGGUUCAUACUCCUCCAAUGUGAACUUAGCUGUUGAAAACUCAUCAUGGAAUGAUGAGCAGCAACUGCAAGACAUGUAUCUGAGUCGCAAGUCCUUUGCAUUCGACUCCGAUGCUCCUGGUGUGGGUAUGACAGAGAAGAGAAAGGUCUUUGAGAUGGCACUCAGCACAGCCGAUGCCACAUUCCAAAACCUCGACUCAUCCGAAAUCUCACUGACUGAUGUUAGUCACUACUUUGAUUCUGAUCCCACAAACCUUGUACAAGGUCUCAGAAAAGAUGGUAAAAAGCCAGCUGCAUAUAUUGCAGACACAACUACAGCUAAUGCCCAAGUGAGGACAUUGGGAGAGACCGUUCGGCUUGAUGCACGUACAAAGCUGCUCAACCCCAAGUGGUAUGAAGGUAUGUUAUCUAGCGGGUAUGAAGGGGUUCGUGAAAUCGAGAAGCGACUUACAAACACAGUUGGUUGGAGUGCUACUUCUGGGCAAGUCGACAACUGGGUCUAUGAAGAAGCUAAUUCAACAUACAUAAAAGAUGAGGAGAUGCUCAACAGACUUAUGAAUUCAAACCCAAAUUCAUUUAGGAAGUUGAUACAGACCUUCUUAGAGGCUAAUGGGCGUGGAUACUGGGAGACAUCUGAGGAAAACAUUGAGAAACUAAAGGAAUUGUACUCUGAAGUUGAGGACAAGAUUGAAGGAAUUGACCGUUAAAUAUGAUUGUUAUGUCAAGCUCUUCUAGAUAUAAUUACUCCCGUUCAUGGGAUUAAAUUAUUUUCUUUCUUUAGUCCCUGGGUGACCGGCAAGUGUAACAAACAGAAACAGCAAACAAUUUGUGAAUUUGUUCAAUAGUCUUCUUCUUUUUUACCCACUGUAAUCCAUAUAACAUUGAGAAAUAAUGUGAAUUUGUUCAGUUAAUCGGAUGUAAAUUUAUAUUUCAAAUAA